GGAAAUGUCAGAACUCAUUACCUCUGCUUGUUCCUCCCUUCCUGUGUGUGUGUUGGGGCAUCAGCUAAUUAAACAGAUCUUAAGAAAGGGACCACUGUCCUAAAGGCGGCCGACCUGCAGAGCUCACAGUCUCACUCAAGUGACUGCACCGUGAGAAGGGAACUACUCACAGCUGUUUCCAAGGAUGGACUCAUUCAGCACCAAAACACUGGUCAUGCAGGCUCAGAAGAAAGUCCUCAGCAAGAUGGCAACCAAGUCAGUAGUCAGUGCGUUGCUAGAUGACUCUGGGAGCUCAGUGCUGGAUGAACUGUAUCGAGCACUGCGGGAACACAGCCGAAGCCGCAAGGAAGCACACAAGGUGAUUAAGAAUCUAAUAAAAGUUGUGGUUAAAGUUGGUGUGCUACAUCGAAAUGCACAAUUCAGCCCGGAUGAGCGUCAUUUGCUGGAGAAUUUGCGCAAGAAGAUCCAUGCACUUGGUAUGACUGCAGUCAGUUUCCAACAAAUAGACUUUACCUUUGACCGCCGUUUCUUAGCCAACCUCCUGAUUGACUGUCGGGAUAUUCUAAACCAGGCUGUCAAUCGCCACCUCACUGCAAAAACCCAUAAUCGUAUCAAUCACGUCUUUGGUCGCCUCGCAGACCAGGAUUUCCUUACAGCAUUAUAUAGCCCAGCAGAGCCAUACCGCACCCACUUGCAGGGGAUCUGCACUGGCAUCAAUCGCCUGUUAGAAGAUGGCACCAUCUGAGGCAUUAUGUGAAUAAGUUAAGGCAUGCAAGGUUACAUAAGUGUUUACGUGAGACUUCUUAUGAGCAUUUUACAGACUCCUUUGGCAGCAACUGUUAAAAUCUUUUAACCACUUAAACAUCUGUGGGAAUUGCACAAUAUUGGGAUCAUUGAUCUCCUAGUUCCAAAGAUACCCUUCAGUUUUGCUUAAAUUCAAAAUGAAAGCCAGGAAUUCAAGAACCAACAGGAAAGUCCUUAGACUAGGGCAUCCUUUAUGUCCCAUAUACACCCAGGGGUACAUAGUUCUUUUUAUAAUUAGUAGAAGACCUCUAAGAAGUGACAGAUCUGAAUAAGACCAGCAGCCCUGUCCAGGAGAGAGAUUUCAAUAAUGGUGAAUGACUCACAUGAACAUUCUAGAAUGGCUGUGAUGGGAAGUCAGUGUAUACUGUUAUCACAUUACCCACUUUGCACAUAGCUCUGCUUCCUCUGACAGUGGAGGCCUUUACCUCCUAUACAGUUCUAUGCAAUGUCACCCUUGGCCCAGCACAGUACACAAAAUGCAUGGUGUUGUCUUUUGUAUUUUCUUUAAUAUUUUACUGCUGUAUGAAUAAAAAGUUUCUAUCUUUCUAUA